CGUCAACAUGGCUCCUAUACCAUUCAUUGAUUUGCCUAGUGGCUACAAAAUGCCGACCAUUGGAUUAGGAACGUUUGAGACGAAAGAUGAAAAGGAUGUGGAAUUAGCGUUAAACAAUGCCAUAGAAGCUGGCUACAGAUACAUUGACACGGCUUUAGUUUACGAGAAUGAAGUGCAAAUUGGCAAAGCUUUGAAAAAAUUAUUCGACUCCGGUAAAAUUAAGAGGGAAGACUUAUUCAUCACGACUAAACUUCCUGUGUACGGUGUACGUGCCAGCAGUGUUGAGGAAUACAUGAAGAAAUCAUUGGAAAAUCUGGGUUUGGACUAUGUAGACUUAUAUUUGAUUCAUUUUCCAGUUUGCAUAAACCUGGGCGAUAGACCUUUAUUCGAUCCCAAUGCAAAACCACAGACAUUUGAAACUGAAAUCACUGACCAUAUCGCUGUUUGGAAGAAAAUGGAGGAACAAGUGGACGCUGGACGCACUAGAUCAAUUGGUCUAUCAAAUUUCACAGUAAAACAAAUCGAAAAAAUUCUAAAAUCUAAACCGAAAUACAAGCCAGCCAAUUUACAAAUCGAAAUCCACGUUUACUUCCAACAACACGACUUGGUUGAUUACUGUCACAAAAAUGGAAUUUCUGUCACAGCAUAUGCCCCACUUUCGUCGCCAGGAAUGAACGACUUCUUGAUUUCGUUAGGUUUUGAGCCAAAACAAGUUCCAAAUUUGUUUACAGACAAAACAAUAAAAGCUAUCGGUAAAAAACACAACAAGACAAACGCACAAAUUGCGUUGAGAUAUCUUCACCAAAGGAAUAUUAUAGUUAUCCCGAAGAGUAUCGAAUCUUCUAUGCUGAAGGAAAACAUGAAUAUUUUAAAUUUUGAACUUGAUUCCAAAGACAUGGAUGCCCUUAAUUCUUUAGAUAUGGGUGCAAAGGGACGUAUCAUUAAUUGGGAUCUUUUCCCCGGAUUGGAAAAGAAUCCCGAAUAUCCUUUCUAAAAAAUGGAUACAACACACAAGUCUUACAAUUACAAAUUUGACUGAAUAAAUUAAUUUAUGUUGA